UACUGUACAACUCGGAACAAGGUGGCAGACAUAACGACGACUUGCUUGUGAGUUCUUAGCCCUGAAGAAAUCUCGCAGGUGCCUUCGCCUCGCCUCGCGCGUGCUGCUCUCCAAUUCAGUAUUCUCUACGAAUCCAACCCACGGCCUGCAGCGAGAUUCAAGCAAUUGGACGGAACCGCCGGUGUUUGUAGCAAGGGGGAGAGAUCGCUGCGAUGGACCAGGGCGUCUGGAUCCGCGCGGCGGCGGCUGUGGCAGCGGGCGGCGCGAUCGCGGCGCGGGCGGUCCGGCGCAAGUCCGUGGACUCCAGCGCCGUCUUCGUCGGCGUCCCGGCCAUGGUGGCCCACACCGUCGCCGGGUACAGGUUCGCGGGGCUGCUGCUGGUGUUCUUCUUCACGGCGUCGCGGGUGACGAGGGUCGGCGAGGCGAGGAAGCGCGCGCUCGAUCCGGAGUUCAAGGAGGGAGGGCAACGCAACUGGAAGCAAGUCUUGUCAAACAGCGGUAUAGCAAGUACUUUGGUAGUUCUGAUAGCACUAAUUACUGGAGGGGAAGACAAAUGCUUGGAUUCAAAACAGUCAAGUCUUGUAACUGGCCUUAUCGGUGGUGUUAUUGGACAUUAUUCUUGCUGCAAUGGUGAUACAUGGUCUUCCGAACUUGGCAUACUUAGCAAAGCUGAACCACGAAUUAUCACAACAUUCAAGAGGGUACGGAAGGGGACCAAUGGUGGGGUAACCAUCUGUGGACUUAUCUCAGCAGCAGCAGCUGGUUGCUUGAUUGGGCUUGCAUUUGUGCUAAUAGGAUUCUUAACCACUCAGUGUGGUUCUGAUGUAUUUUGGAGGCAGCUGCUAGUGAUACCCUUAGCUACAGCUGCUGGCCUAUGUGGAAGUCUGAUUGAUUCGUUGCUGGGUGCAACGGUUCAAUAUAGUGGUUACUGUAGUGUUCGCAAAAAGGUGGUCGGAGUAGAAGGGCCAACAGUAACUAGGAUAUCCGGAAUGAACAUACUGGACAACAACGGUGUCAAUGUAGUUUCUGUGCUCUUGACAACUCUGCUUACUGCUUUGGCAUGCACAUUCCUCUUCUGAGGUCUCGUUACAUAGUAGUGAUAGCACCAUGUCACAAAGGAUGACUAGGAACACAAUUGGGAAUUAGAACAUUGAAUCUUGAAAUAGUGCCAUUGUUCAUUUUCAUACGAUUAACUAGAAUAGAAAUUGUUGUUCUAGCAGUUAGUUUUUCAGACUAAAUGCAGAUUUUCUUCUUUAAUGUAAAAGUUCAGUUGUAGUUACCCCAUUCAGAUGUUAUGUCAAAUAUUUCCAAUAGAGGGGUCUUUGUUUCAGAAUAUUGUUGCUCUGGAGCUAUUUAUUUUCUAUAGGCUGUUCAGUCA